GGCUGUUUGGUGUAUUCGUGCACACGCUACAUUUGGCUUGGAAAUUGAAUUUUUUUUUCUAUGGAGUUUCUUUCGUCUGGAGAUUUAUGGAGUCAAGAAACAUUCAGCUAACUUGUCUGCUUUUACUGAUAAUCUUCAAUACUUUCUUGAAGGGAUCUGAGGACUCAGAUUUAAACCUUCGUUUUACACAAUUAUCCCCUGCUGAAGUUGUGGUGUUACCCAAUGAGCCCUUCCUACUCAACUGUCCAGAAUUUUCAGGAGCAGAAAAUGAAACCUUGCAAUUCAGCUGGUUACAUAAAGGGAUUAAAAUCCAAGACUCAAGGCACCAAGUACUGCAGAAUGGCUCAUUGUAUUUUGAAAGAGUCCUGCACCAGGAUGGAAAGGGCAAAGAGCAAGAUGAUGGAGAAUACAACUGUGUCAUUGGUACCACCCAAGGAAUAUUGUUUAGCCUGCCAAUCAAACUGAUUGUGGCAAGAGCAGCUAAAAACUUUACAGUUGAACCGGAGUCAGUUAUGGUAUGGGAAGGAGGAGUUGCUCGAUUUUGGUGCCAAAUUGAUGCUGUUCCUGCGGCAGUAAUCUCCUGGCAACGCAAUGGCCAGGACCUACCUCAAAAAGAUAACAGGUACAUUGAACUUCCCUCAGGUAUACUCCAAAUAAACAAUAUCUCCAGAACAGAUACAGCUAACUACCACUGUAUUGCCCAGAAUCCUUUGCGCACAAUCUCUAGCAGGAAGGCCAAACUGUCAUUGACAUCAGCUCCUGUACAAGCACACACCUUGGAGUUCCUUAGUUCACCACAGAUUGUGGUCAAGCUGACAAGAGAAAAAGCUGUAUUGGAGUGUUUGGUUUUAGGAUUUCCUAAACCGAUAUUGAUGUGGAAGAGAGAAGGUGGCCGAUCAUUACCUACUGAUCGAGUGUCAGUCAUUGGCCAAGGAAAUUUGGUAAUUGACCAGGUACAUCCUGAUGAUGCAGGAUCAUAUGUGUGUUCAGCUGAAACAAUUACCAGUGCAGGGAAGAAAUUUUUCAUUACCCAGAUAACAACCUUAAUAGUACAUGUGCCACCAGAAUUUCUGAUAAAACCUCAGAGUGUAUCCAAAGCCACACCACAAACAGUUCGGUUAAACUGUGUUGCUGAUGGAAUUCCUUCACCAUCAGUUACCUGGUAUAAAGAUGGAAAACUACUUCUUACAAAUACUAGAAUAAAACUGAAGGGCUCAGGAGAACUUGUUAUAACCCAAACAGAAGCUGCAGAUUCUGGGAUCUACCAGUGCAUGGCAAGAAACAUUGCUGGAACUAACUUAGCUGCAGUACUACUAACAUUGAUGUUUAAAGGAAACCAGCCAUCUGUACCAUAUGAUUUGAAAGCUGAAGCAUUAUCUAGUACUUCUAUCAAGCUCUCUUGGAAACCAUCUUCUGGAAACGUACAGGCUUAUUCUGUGCAUUACUUUCUUCAAGAUACUGGUGGUGACAGCGCUCUUGAAUAUGAUAUGGUAUCAAUAAAUACGGAAGAGAAAAUAAAUAAUCUGAAACCAUUUACCAACUACAGUUUCUAUGUGAGGGCCUACACUGCAGUGACUGCCAGCGAAAAAUCAGAUGUGAUCACUCAGCAGACACAAGAAGAUGUUCCUACCAUGGCACCCUCAAUAACAUUGACAAGUCUUAAUCCAACAACCCUGCACAUUGCUUGGGAGGAACUACCUGCUGAGACUGCCCAAGGGAUUAUAAUUGGUUACCGUAUUUUCAUUCGUAUUCAUAAACAAGCCUCCUUUAACACCAUUGAAGUUGGUCCUGGGAUUAAUGAGUAUAAUAUAACAGGUCUUCAACCAAAACAGAAAUAUGAUAUAAAAGUGAGUGCAGGUACCUCUAAAGGAUACACAGUUUUGAGUGACAGUAGGUGGCCAUGGGUUACUCAAACAAUGCCCAGUCUAGAAGACAAUAAAGUUCCUCCUUCCCCAAUCUUGCAUCUCACAGCCAUUAAUUCAACAACUCUGGAAGUCAAGUGGGAUAUGCCUCACUACAAUUUGCAAAUGUUGAAAGGAUUCAGUUUGUCCUGUGGAGAGCUGAAGAAAUCAGAGAUAAAGUUAGUGGAGUUACCAGCUGAUAAAACAAACUAUUUCCUUGAAGAUUUAAAACCAAAUACGUGGUAUGAAGUACGUAUAAAAGGUAUUGGUCAGCUUGGUGAUGGUCUGGAAGCCGUUCAAACUAUUCUCACAUUUUCUGAUGAACCUAAUCAUGAACCAAAUGUAGAGUUAGUCGAAUCUUUUGAAUGUGAUCCAUGUUAUGAAAUAGAAGCAAUACCGUUAAGUUCAACCAGCAUAAAAGUGAAAUGGAAAAUACCAGAAGACUUGAAUGUUACGUAUUAUACUAUUAAUUACUAUGUAAUUGUUGAUGAGAACUCUAGAGAAUAUAAUGCAUCAUCUAGAAACUUUAUACGCAGCACUAAAAAUGAGGUAGUUCUCAAGCAGCUACUUCCAUUCACUACAUACGGAAUAUUUGUUCAACUGCAUAGCUUGGACAUUCAAGCAGUUUCUGUCAGUCCAAAAGUGAAGUGUAAAACUUUAGAAGAUGUUCCUGGUCCACCUACUUCUUUGAAGUGGUCCAUUGUUGAUGUUCACACUAUUCGAGUAUCAUGGAAAAAACCAAAACAUCCAAAUGGGAUCAUUCAGAAAUACCAAGUACUUUACAAUACCCAUAGGGAAAACACAAAUAUGUUAAAUGCCUGGCACAUUAAGGAAGAAAGUGGAAAUAGAAGACAUUCUAUAAUUGGAGGACUUGCAAGUAACCAGAAGUACUUCUUGUUAUUACGAGCAGAGACUUCAGCAGGUGUAGGAAUUUCAAGUCCUAUUGUUGCUUUUAGGAUAAGAUCUGCACUGGAUAAUAUAACUGAUCUUUUUCAGAAUGGUGUGAAGUCUCAAGAUCCAUUUUUAGGAGUUGUCAUUGGACUGUCUGUUGGAAUUAGCUGUAUAAUAAUUUGCGUUAUUAUAAUAAUGUGCCGUAAUAGGGUUUGUCCAACCCAUCCAGUAGUCCCUCCAAUGGGAAUCCAUUAUUCUGCAUGUUGUAGUGGUCAGCAGGAUCCCUGUCACAAUGGACAACAUAUAGGAGGAGCAAAGCCAGCAGACUCUGAUUGUGAGGAAAUGGAUUCGUUAACACCAAUAAUGAUUGAUACGUCCAGUUCAUCAACUGAAAAACAUCUUGAUUCAAAGGGUGGAUAUCCGCAAGGUAUGUGCAAUGGGUGUGUUAAUGGCUAUACUCACCCUCUGUUGAAAGGUGAAUCAACAGAAGAAAGAAACAAUGGAAAAUUGCCAAAAGGGGAGGCAGGUGAUUCUGAAAGAUCUCCAUUUCUGCCAGAAACUAUAAAAGUCAAUGUGUCUGAUACUGAGCAACUAGAAGAGAAUAACAGUGAUGUAGAUAUACAACCUGAAGUGCAGGACACGAAUGAGCGUGAUCCUAGCAUUUCUUCACAAAACAACGAUACAAGUGAAAACUAUGGUUCUUUAAAGAAAUUCGUCAGUGAUCAAGUCAAGACCAGUUUAUUGGAUACGAUUCCCUCUUCUUCAACCAAUCAUCAUCAGAACAUCAACUCACCUAUAGCACUGUGCCAUCCAUAGUUCAGCACCCUAACUCCUCUCCACAGGCUAGCCAAUUGCCUCAAAGUUCAACAUGAUAAUUGUUUGACCAGUUUAGGCUUCUGAUAUGUUCACUUUACAGCAUCAGGCUGUUGUGCACACAAGAGGCAGUACCUGGCCUUAGUUUGGGUUUUAAACGGGUAUUUUUUUACAUCCAGUUUUAUAUUUAUGUAGGUAAAAAUGAUGUAAAUUGCAGAUCAUGAUUUUCCCAGAUAUACAGAAUUAGAAUUGUGGUUUGUUAAUAUUGGAAAUAAUUUUUUUUAAAGUAGAAUCUGUUAACUAACAGUGUUUUGGGGGGAUGGGAGAUAAAAUAGUUUUUGAAUAUCACCUCUUUUCUUUUUAUAUAAUAUCACUAGCUUUUCAAGUUCGGUUACUUGCACUGAAAAUAUAUUUUUAGGUAGAAUAAGUCAACUAAAAAGAUGUGUGACAAUGUAUGCAUAAAUUUUAGGCUCAUAUGAUAUUUUUUUGUUUUUAGUGAGUAAUGUAUUAUAUACAUGUGGAUGAAAGCAAGCCACAAGCAAUCAUGAUUAGGGUAGAUUCUCUGAAUGAAUGAGGUUAGAUUGGACUAUAAAGUACAAGAGAUUUCCAUGACCGAUAAAGAUAUUUUCUCUUCAAUUCUUAAUAUUUUCAGAUUAAAAAUGAAUGUCAAGUGAAAUAGAAUAUGGUAAAAGAAUUUAUUAGAUACUUUGUUGUCUUUUUUUGUGGCUGAUGUAGUAUAGUUAAAGGGUUUAUUUACACUGUGUUAUGCAGAAAAAAAUUUCUAUUUCAUGAUAAUACAUUUUUUAUAACAGUAUGGCCGAUUUUUUUCCGUACAUUGACAUACUUUUUAUUCCUUAUUACCUAGCUUUUGUAAAAUAAUUAGAUGUACACUUUUAGCACUAGCAGGCUGUAAAGUUAUUUAGUAUUAUACUAUUUACACACACACACACACACAUAUAUAUAUAUAAUGUCAUUUAUUUUUACAGCUAUUUUAAACAAAGCAUACCAUUAAGAUAAAUAGUACUGCAAAAUUCAACGCAUAAAAUUUCCAGCAAAUUUAAGUUAAGCUAAGAAAGAAAUUUUAGGAUCCAAAAUGUGUGUUAAUUACACUUUUUGUAUUUUUCAAUUUUUGUACUUUAAAUUUGUACAGUAAAGAAUGUUUUAAUUACCCUUUCCUAGUUUAUGAAAUAUUUUGCUCAUUAUAGAAAAUAAGGCUCUGCAAAGAUUCGGUGUGUAGGAAGAAAGGCUAACCUACUUUAAUCACAUCAUGUAUCUUUUAUGAACUGAAAAACAGCUAAUAAUCUGAUAGGCCCAGGUGAUCCACAAAUGGUUAGAAAAUUCUUAGUAAAUGUAGCUUUUAUUUUUGUCAAGAGUUAAUUUCAGGGAAGAUGAUAUUUCUUUUUGAAGUCCUUUCAUACUGUUAAAAUUUAUUAAGAUUUAAUGUAUUUUCUUCUGUGGAACAUCUUAUCUCGUUUAUCUUUCUUUUUGUUAGCAUUUUGUAUAUUGACAUGCACACACACACAAAAAAAAAAAAAAAGAAGCCAGAGUUUGCAGUCAAAAUUGUAUACAAGUUAUUUAGAUCUUUAAACAAUUCUUGGGCUCUUAUUAAAUGAAAUGAAUUUUGUGGUGUGUAAUGCAGGAGUAUUUAGAGGUAUAAGUUUGCUUCUUUGUGUCUGGACUUUAUAUGGACUUGACAGUUUCAGUAUGUGUAUGUUUGGUUGAUUAUAUCUUAAGUAAAAUACCUAUUCUGGCAGUAUACUCACUCCUGGGUCUGAACCAGGAAAUAAAGCUUUCAACUCCCAUCUCUAUGGAGCCUACAAGACUGAAAGUCUCUUCCAUAAUUUUAAUUUUCUGUUAAAUAUUUUUGUAUCUUUAUAAACACAUACCAGGUAAAUUUACACAACUCUGGAAAUUUUAACAUGACUUCCAGUAGAACUUAGUGAAUUUGGCUGGUCUGUAAAUCUGAGCUUUUUCUCCAUCUAUAUUCUAUAACCCUUUGAUUGCUGAAUACACUGACUUAUGCAUUUUUUUUUUACUCUAACCUAAGUAAAAUAAUAAAGGGAUGUCUAAUUGAAAAUAUUAAGUUAGUACUGUAAAUAAUGUAUAAGCCCUAAGUUUAAAAAAUAUCUUAUUUCAUAAUUUGGUAUUAUAAAAUUUCACUUUGUAAGAAUGUGAAAUCAACAACAAAACUUGCCUCUUGGAACACAUCUUUUGAAUAUCACAUAAGUGAACAAUUCAAAUCCACAUAGUGAUUUUUUCACUCUUUAUAUUGUACAAAAUUGAUUUUAAUGUCUCUUGGCAGUACCUCAUAACAAUAAAUUAUAUUGGAGCUUUCCUUAAACUUUACUUUUGUUACUUUCAAACUCUUCUGUUCCUACAAAUUCAAUGAUAAUUAUGAUCAUAGCACUGGUGAUGUAAUACAGAAGUUUAAUGUUUUCAGAAAAAGCAAAAUUGAGUGUGAGGAGAAGUGGAAAAAUUGGUAUUAAAAGGAGGAGUAUUAUUUCUGCACAAAUCUAGAGGAAAACAAAAUUGUGAAUAAUGUAUAGCAAAGACAAGAUGUCAUUUAUACAAUAUUAUUCAUGCUUUGCUAGGUCUUUCUCCAUUGAAUUUAAAAGCAUGUAAAAUAAACAUGCAAUAAACAUAAAAAUAAGCAUGUUUUAAAGAAGAAACUGGAACCAUGAAAUACAUGACAAUUAAGUGAGUUAGUAAUGAUCAAAUUCAAACAAAAUGUUCAAAAUAUCGAUAUUUUUAAGACCAUUUAUCACUGUGUUCUUUGUAACUAAAUUGGUAGAUGUAAUGGAAACUUUUUUGCUACCAUACUUUAUUAUUCUCACUUCAUGCAAGCCACUUAGAAAAAAAAAACAAGUUAUUUUUUUUCAUUGAUUUUUUUUUCUUUUCAUCUAUCUGCUUCAAAUUUAUAUUAGCAUCUCAUAAUUUGUCCUCCUUAACUUAAUUUUUGUUUUCUGUCGUUUCUUUUUUUUUGGUUAUGUUAAUUAUAAUUUUUUGACAGAUAACUGAAAAUGCUCCAAGCAGCUAUAAUACAGAAUUGUAGUUUGCUGAAAUGUUAACAGAAUUUUUCAAGACACUUAAACAAUUUAGUUAGCAUUUCUAAUUUAUCUUUUAUACUUUGAUUUUAUAGCUUGAAACUUGCAGAACUUUAAAUUUGGCAGCUAUAAUUGUGUAGGUAAAUCCAUCGUCCUUGCUUUACAGCUGUAACACUAGAGAGUAUUUAUUAAAGCUCCAAUUAUGCUUAUAAUUAAAAAUCAUUUAUUUCCAAAUAAUGAUUUUAAUUCUGAAUACACCCUGAAAGAAAACUGAAUGAAAUAUAUAAAACUACCAGGAUGCUUUUAAACUAUAGAUUACGAAUAAUUAUAGGAUAUAAAUUUAAACUUAUUAUCAGACGUGUGUAGUAUGUUAUAAUGGACAAGAAAUGAUACCACAUAAUGCUCUUUUUUUAAUUUAAACUGGUUUGUAAUUGUGGUUAUAAAUUAAUAGGUUUAGUUGAAGUUUGAGUAUAUGCAUUUCGUUUAGCAUUCAUUGUAGUAAUUAAUAUAUAUAUAUGUAUAUAUAUAUAAUCAAUUUUAAACUUAAAGAAAAUAAAAAAAUAUUUUUCAAUAUACCUAUUGCAUUUUGAAAUAUAACCCUUUCUAUAAUUGAGAUUAAAGGCUGGAGAUGGAAGUCCAAUAAUAUAUAUCUUGGUUGUUUUACAUGAGUCGUAUGUGACAACAGACCAUGUACAGGAUAGUGCACAAAUAACUGCUGCAUGAAAACCUUUAUUCACUAAGAAACAUAGACAUUUUCCUACAUAGUAAGAGAUUCAUUAGUUCUUAAUUUUCGUUUUGAAAUUAUCCACAAGUAAACAUUUAAUGAUGGAAGGAAAAAAAUGUAUCUCUUAAAAAAUUUUAACAACUUAAAAGUCAACCUUUAAAUCAUCAGUUUCAGAAAGAAGUUUGUGUUCCAGCAAUAACGAUUGCAAUGUAUUUGAAAUUUGACAUACACACAGAUAAGCUGAUAAGCAUUAGUUUCUAUUGAUGCUGCUUUACUUAUCAUAAUUUCAGUAACUUAAAUCUUUCUGACUUUUUUUUCUUUCUCCUACUUAAGUUUUUGUUUUAAUGUCAUAAAAUCUGUAAUGUAUUUUGCAAUUUAAGACUGAGUUAUCAGCUCAGUUACUAUAAUAGUUGACAAAUUGUGUUUACUACCUCAUGUACAUCAAUGUGGUCCUCUGUUUUUCCCAAGAGUUUGGUGCAUUUAUUACUCAUACAUGCUAUUUUGAUGAUUUGGGAAGGAUUUUUAGGUAGCAGUAUUUUGAUAGUAAGUUUCCUAAGUAAGAGCUUUUAAAAAUUUAUAUUUUCUCUGUUCAUACUAAUUAUAGUAGUAUAAAUAUAUAUACAUUUACAUGGUUUUUAGGUGAGAUAGUUCAUAUUGGUUAGUUUAUGUACAACCAAAAGUUUAAUAUUAUCACUUGAAUACCGUGUACCAUUAAUAAUUGUGGAGAUUGAUGUUAAGAAAAUGAGCAACAUCCAUUUUUGUUGGUAUAUAUUCAGGUUUUGUGUCUUCAUUUACUAUUUAGACUUUUCCACAUGGAAUAAUUUCUACAGACACCUGUUCUCUCCCACCCCCUCCCCUGCUGUCAUUGAUAUGUUGCCUAAAACACUGAUUAUAUACAAAAUGCAUAACCAGAAAAAAAUGCUGCAGUAGUUAGCAUAGAGAGUGUCUAGAAAUUAUGUUAACAAAAUUGUUUGUGAGUCUGUGUACAAUUGUUAAUGCAAUUUCUGAACACCUGGAUAUAUUCAACAUGAUAACACUGGCAUUUAUAAUAAAGUAAUUGAAGAGAAAGAAGUGGUUAUUUUGUUGAAAAAAUAAAAGAUUUUAAACCAUUGUAAAUCUCCAGUAACAUAAAGCAACCAGCACAGUUUAAGACACCUUUUUUUUUAUUUAGUACCUGACCUAAAAGUAUCUGCCUGAGAUAGUUUCCAUGCUAGUUAUUUUGCAUAAUAAGCUGUGGUCUUAAAUGUGAUGUUAUUAGAUUAAAAUAAUUACUGAUAAUAAUCAACAGUUCUUUUUAUUUUUAAAAUUAUUGUUUAAUAUACAUAACAAUGUUUAUUAUUUGAACCUACUUACACUUGGUUGUAAUUUACUUCCCGCCUUAUAAUUCAGGAAAUAUUGCAUAGUAAAACAUUAGAUAGGGUUACAAAGCGUAACAAAAUUUAGAAAUUAUUUGAUAACCACAAAAUGAAUAGAUUCGGUAUCACACUGCAAGAUCUAAAUGUCAUCAGGCUGGAAGUUUCUACUGUUUCUUUAUUUUGAUGAAUUUUGUUUUUUCUUUGUUUAUCUCUUCAGAAUGUAAGGUGUUUUAAAAACAGUAGCAGAUACAGCAACUAACUAUUUCUUGAAUGUAAUCGUGAACAGUUUCUACAAUGUUAUCAUCCAUUUUGGAGAUCGUUAUAAAUGAUUUUCGCGUUUACUUCACAAAUGUGCUUCAACCUUCACUGGAGUAAACAUUAUAUUUACUUUGUAUUUUAAUAUAUUAGCCUCCAAUUGUUUAGUACCCAAAUACCUCAAUGAAGUCAAUGUUUUGUCGAAGCCGUCAUGUGACGAUGUUGAAAAAAAUGUAGUUAUUCAUGAUUCCCCAACGUAUUUCGCUCAACUUACCAGAGCAUUUGAUCAACUAUUUGUAUAUUAAUAUAAUGCUGUUAGUGGAUGAACCCAUAUUCAGUGAUUAUAGAAGCAUAAUAACUAUAGAUCUUGGUCUUUAAUUUCUGGAAACAUUUGAAGUAUACAAAUAAAAUAGGCUGUUAAAUGUUAAAGAUAUUGAAACAUACAGUUUCUGGAGGUAAAAUAAUUUCGAUAUUUGUUCAGCGAGAUAAAUGUUGUAGGGCUAGUAAGCUUGUGAAUUUGCAUACACCAAAUGCUGUAACUACUUAGCGAUGAAUUUUGAAUAUAAACUGAAUGUAGAAACAGUACCUCAUAAUCUGUUUGGUGUGUAUAUUCGAAUUGUAAUUUUAUUUCUUUUCAUGUAGUUAGAUCUAUAAAAACUGGAAAGUUGCCGAAUAUCAUAUGUACGCAUGCAGCUAUUCAUAUGUUGUUUUUUUUAUAUAUAUAUAUAUAUAAAUGUGAUUUUAGUUGCUGAUUUUAAAGGAGGGACGGGACAUAUAUUAACUUUUUGUAGUACCCGAAAAUAUAUAAAAUUGUUCUGCGUGUCUUUAAUGAAUGAUUUGUGAUUGUAUAAAAUAAAAAAAAAGAGUUCGAAUUGGACUAAAAAAGGGUUUCAAAAACUAAUUUUAGAUUCAAAUUUCUAGAUCUGUCAUGUUUAACGUUGUUUUUGUCAGUGAAGUGAUGUAAUAAUUAUUGUUGUUGUUGUUUUUUUCAUGUGUAACAUUUUGCUUUUGAAGUUGUUUAAUUGAAACGCGAGCUCUCCAAUAGUAAAAUAGUUUUAGAAACAAAGCAUUUGUUUGAAUUGAUGUGUUUGGUUAGUGUCUGCGUAUUACUUACUUGUAACAGUGUGUAAAAGCAUUGUAAAUUUUUUAAGAACUAUCCUGUUUGCGUCCACGAUUAAUUUCAAACUGUGUCGUGUGUGUAACCAGUCGUGACAUCACAGUAUAUUUUAUUAAUUAUUCCGGUGGAUUAUAGAACUUGUGUUAAGUUUUCAGCUGCUAUUACUGUAUUAGACUCUGAUGUUAUAUAUGAAACCAGGUUUCGAACUGUUUUGAUAAAUUACAGCAAUUUUUGUUAUUGGAAUUGGAAAAUACAUACAAUACGUAAAUAGUUGGGUUUUUGUGUUAUUGUGUCGUGAUACCAAAUAAAAAGUUUAUAUUUUGAAUUAGAAAAGAUAGGUUUGACCCCCCCCCCUCCUCCUUUGGUAUUUUUAUACUCUGGCGUUUAGUUAUGUAGACAAACAUGUUAUGGUGCAGCAUCAAUGAAGCCUUCCUCGCUGAAAUGAAGAAGUAAUAUGAGCAUAAAUUAAGCACUGAGCGUUUUCAUAUGAUGGAUAACCAUUUUAGUUACCCGUUUACUGCUGUCAUUCUGAUACCGUUCCGGUAGUGUUAGCAAGCGUGUUCUCACAGAUUAACAGCUUAGAGUGGCAACGUUGUAGCUAACGUAACACAUCACAAGUUCGCUCAAUUUUGCUGGAUAUCAGUAUGUACACGUAUAUCUAAUCUGUACAAACACACAUUUCAAUUGAUCGAGUUAUAAUAUCAUGCUAGCAAUCGACAGUCUUCAUGUAAACCAACUCAGAAAAGCAGUAGUACUGGACUAAUAUGUUAAUUGGCAAUGGAAACGAAAUACAUGGCAGCGUUUACGCCUCAACGAAAGUUUAUUCAGUGCAAACAACACGACAUUCAAAUUUCACUAAAUCACUUUUGUUUCUACUCAUUUUACAUUUUAUUUAACCAAUGUGCUAUUUAUUUAUUUUAUCGGUGUGAGCUGCUUUAAAGUGUAGUCAUAAGACAACUUGUAAUACCAGCUUCAAAAGCUAACUUACCGCACUUGUAGGGCCUAUAGAACAGUGUGUUUAUUGUUUGUGUUACAUACACUAUUUUUAUAUUUUCUAAGCAGUGAAAUCUGUUUUGUACAAACGUAAAUCGUAAUACCUCUCACGUGGGUUUCGUUCCAUUGAUUCAAACCAAUUUGUUUACGUCAUAAUAUUGCGGCGUGCAAAUAUGUCAUGCCGAACAGGUUGUCACAUUCUCCGAAAUAUAACGUGGGUUGCCUUAUUGCGUUUGUAAAUACAACAGCUUGCCAUGUGUAUAUGGUUAUGUUCCCAUAUUUUUUGUUUUGUUCAUGUAUUUGUUUUACAGAUAGUGUGUGAGAAGCUGAAGCACUCUACUCAUACGUAGGGUUGACGAAAGUUUUGUUUUAUUUACCUAUUCGGACUGUUUCCCUCCACAAGUGUACAAAUAGGAUCCCUGUUCCUAACUUUCAAUUUCAUCAGUCAUCUUUGAAGAUAACGUUUUUUAAAAUGUUUAUUGUUAUGAUUUUUUCAUACAUCAGUCUCCAGUGUCAUGAGAUUUCCAUGCAUCAUUUGGACCAUUCCCCGGUAAAAUUACAAUUGUUUAAUAAUCUAGGUCUUUUUAACCAAAUCUUGGUAGAGUGAAUAUACUCAGUUCUUUAUUGAGGAACUUUAAGUAUGUUGUAACCACAUUUUUAAUGAUAUAUAUAUAUAUAUAUAUAUAUACAUAAGAACGUAUAUAUGUGCUGAUGUAUUUGACUCUGCAAGUGCUUUUAAAAUGUCAAACUGGUCUUAGGUUGUAAAACUGGAUUCAGUAACUGUUGAUUAUACGUAUGCUCUAUAGAUAUGUUGGGAUUCAGUACGUUACACUUUAUUUUGUAUUCGAGGAAAUCAUAUAGUUAUUUUUCUACUUUUCAUUAAAUAAUAUACCGGCAUUUUCAUGGAACCAAAUAUAGAAGCCUGUAAUCGUCACUAUACUACAAGUUGUCAUAUGAAUGUAUUAGUUCUUUAUAUCUUACAGAUAGAUUUGCAGUUGUACCACUGUUCGAUAAAAUAAUAAAAAGUUAAUGAUUAUUUUUGUGUAUAAAUUUGGAUUUUUUUUAUUAUUGUCAACACUUUAGAACGUUCAAAUAACCAUAAAUAUAUUUUUAAAAAUCACGAAAUAAAGAUCAGAGUUGAGAAGAAAAUGUCUGACCUAUGUUGUACAUUAAUGACUUAAGUAUUGGUGAUUUUGAAUACUUUACCACACAAGUUUUGUUUUUUUGGAUAUUCGCACAUAGCUACUCGAGGAGUAUCUGUGUUAGCCGUCCCUGGUUUUGACAGACUAGAGGGAAGACAGCUAGUCAAUAUUACGCACGACCCCAAAGUUUGAAGCGCGAUAUUUUUUUGUUUGUUUACGGUAACGAGGUGUGAACGUUGGUCCCUCAUGUCCAAAGUAUUCUAAUUAAGAAGUUAGAACACAUAAUCAAAUACAAAAAUUGUAAUAGUUUUCAAACGAGAUCAUGUGUGCUAACUUCUUAAUCAGAAUUUAUAUUCCACUCAUGGACCCCGAUUUACUGAAGGUUCACAGUAUGGUCGAGUAACCACUGGUCAUGCUUGGCCUUUUACACGUACGAAAUCAAUGUAUAAUCCAACAUAUAUAUAUUUAUGUAACUAUAUUUUUUAAUAAAUCAAGCAUAAAAUUAUUUGCACCUUUAAACUUAAGUCUUUUUCACAGCCCUCGAAUACAGAAAACAGACAUUGGCUACCUAUAGAAACAAUCACAUUUUUUGAUAUUCACUGAAUAAUAUUCUGUUGAUAUCUGUAUGAAACAGUCAAGUUUCUUCUGUCCAAUAUCUAUUUGUAAGAAACAUUUCUCGUGCUUAAUGGCUAUUUGUAGGAAACGGUUAUAUAUUUUUUUAUGUCCAAUAUGUAUCUGUAAGAUUAAUUUAUUAAGUUCAAUGAAUAUCUGUAAUAAACAGACAUUUCUGACGUAAGAGAUGAUUACAUGUUUAAAAUUUGUUUUAUUGUAGUUUUGUUAUAAUAAAUAUUUAUAUAUUGGUUUCUUUAUACUGUCAAAUUUUGAUUCCGUAUAUGCUCGCCCUUUCAGCCGUGAAGGUGUUAUUACGUGACUGUCAAUCCCACCAUUCGAAUAUAGUAGCCCAAGAAUUCACUAGCAGCCUUUUCUCUAAACUACAAUUUAUACAUUAGGGAUGUCUAACGCAGAUAUCCCUGCACGAAUUUCAGUGAACAAACAAAAGCGUUUGUGAUAUUUUAUUCGGAAUGUGUACUAUAGGUAAGUUUCAUUCUAUAAGUAUAUGAAUAAAAAAUUAUUCACAGAAUAUUUGAAUUUAUUUUCGGGUUUUAGAACCAUUAUAAAAUACUGUUGACCUUAACUCUGUGUGCUUGACACAUAAAAUAAUAUUUUAAAUGUAAUUUAAUUUUAUAUAGUGAUACUUGUGGAAAAUGAUUUCGUUUUUUUGUCAGAAAAUUAUUUGCAAUUUAAAAAUUAAAAAUAUUUUCGUGUCAGGUGAAAGAGGCGCUUCUUAUUAUGUGUUAGGUGAGUAAAAUUGAUGAGCGAACAAAAAAUAACUGAUCGCUCAUACUUAGUGAACUAUUUACCGAAUAAUGCAUUAAAGUGUUCCCCAAAGUGGGAGUCGCGGCGCCUCUGGGGGCCGUUAUGUUUUUUCUAUGUUUUAUUUUAUUUCGACUGUAUAUUAAUUUGUAAAUAAAAUGGUUAAUACUA